AUGCUGUCUCAUACUAUUACAGAAAUGGCAAACAGACCCACACAGAACCAAAUGGCGGCGUUAGUGGAGUUCCUGGAGCGAAAUCCAGGAAUUGCGCGAGGCCUUCUGCGAACGCAGCAGGCCAAACAAGAAAUCCGCAAAAAGUGGCAGGAGUUCGCGGAGUCCACUAACGCCUUGGGUGGGAUAAUAAAAGAUGGGCAGGCUUGGGCUGAGUAUUGGACUGAAAAAAAGUCGGCUCUUAAGAAGAUCUGCCAACAAAGGGCUCAGUCCAUGAGGCGCACCGGAUGUGGGGUAGAUGUGGUGCCGGAACUAUCUUUGUUGGAACUGCGCCUAGUGGCAGUCAUGGGUGGGGACUCAUUUGCCACGGGCACAAGGGGAAUAGCAGUAGACCCCUUUCCCCAAAGUAAUUCUAGCCCCUCCAUCUUGCCAUCCACCACUGAUGCAGCUUUACCAAUUCUGCAGCUGCCUUCCACCUCUGCCGCUGUUGUACCAUAA